CAUGUUCUUGAAUGGACGGAUAACAGAAGAGACUUUAAAUACAUAAGUUGAGUCUUGUACAUGAGUUGGGUUACAUUUGUCAUUGUCCCAGAUUUUAAUGGAUGGUUACAAUGACCAGACACGGGAACGUGUGGGUAGUGUACUAACCACACAUUUUGCUUAAAAACUAGGACUAAUAUUUUGUUUUUCAUGAAAUUAUAUUAAACUGAAAUGUGUCAGCCACUGUACUGCGGGGGAAUAAACCUCUUAACCUCACUCACUGUCACUGCUGUCACCCGAUAACGGUUUACCCGAUUAAUGCCCGAGAGAAGGAAUGAUGGAAAGUAUACGGUAUAGCCCAUGAUACAAGAAAACAUUGUAUUUCUAGGGACUAUAGUAUACGGCUAUACGGCAUACUCUAUCUAUACUUAUUCAAUAUCUUUGGUUGCUUGCAUAGAAUAUCCUGUUGCUUGUUAUUGUUAUGUUAACCUAACAAUUUCAAAUGUGAAGCGCUCUUAUUCUAAUAAAAAUGUUAUUUUAUGGGAAAAUAUUAUUUAGGCAGAUUUUAAAAAGAAGUCACUCUUUUAAAAACUUAAAUACGAAUGCUAUUGUUUUGGGUAUCGAAACUUCUUGCGAUGAUACUGGUUGUGCUGUAGUUGAUACGAAUGGAAGUAUUUUAGGAGAAGCUUUACAUUCUCAGCAGUUAUUUCACUUAGCAAAUGGAGGAAUAAUACCCCCGUUUGCUCAAGAUUUACAUCGUCAGAAUAUUGAAAAUGUAGUAAAUACUGCAAUUGAGCAAGCGAAUAUUCGCUUUGAAGAUUUGCAUGCCAUUGCCACAACAGUUAAGCCAGGUCUUCCUUUGUCAUUAACUAUUGGCAUGAAAUAUGGAAAAUAUCUCUGUUGGCGCUAUAAUAAACCAUUUAUACCAAUUCAUCAUAUGGAAGCACAUGCUUUAACAGCUCGUAUGCAUAACAAACAUGUGACUUUUCCAUUCCUAGUUUUGUUAAUAAGUGGUGGCCAUUGCCUUUUAGCUGUAGCACAAGAUAUUGAUAAGUUUUUACUUCUGGGCACAACCUUAGAUGAUGCACCAGGAGAAGCAUUUGAUAAAGUUUCCAGAAGGAUGAAACUAAGGAAUAUUGCCGAAUAUUCACAACUGUCAGGUGGUCAGGCAAUUGAAUUAGCAGCUUCUAAAGCAAGUGAUGUGUUACAAUUUAAAUUUACUACUCCUCUUUUACAAUAUAAAAAUUGCAAUUUUAGUAUGGCAGGUUUAAAAACCCAAGUUCAAAGACAUAUAUUAACAGAAGAGAAAAAACAUGAUGUGCAACCUGAUGGGGUAAUACCUCAUAUAAAUAAUUUAUGUGCUGGUUUCCAAUUAGGUGUAACUCGGCAUCUAUGUCAACGCGUUCAAAGAGGUAUGACUUUUGUAAAGAGGGAGAAUAUUAUUCCAAAAAGCAAACAAACGUUGGUUGUUUCAGGAGGAGUUGCCUGUAAUAAUUUCAUAGCAAAAGGUUUACAACUUGUAUGUGAUGAAAUGGAAUAUUAUCUAGUUCGGCCACCACCAAAGCUUUGCACAGAUAAUGGGGUAAUGAUUGCCUGGAAUGGAAUUGAACGAUGGAGAGCAAAUUUAGGCAUUUUGCAUGACUUUUUAGAUGUUCAGAUUGAAAGUUCCUCUCCUCUAGGUGUUAGCCUCAUACAAGAUGUAAUAAAACACAAUAUUAGUUGCAAAUGGACAAAGUUGACAGAGUUGACCCAGCCCAGGGUUUAAAAAAUGUCUGUUCAAUUUGAAUAAUAAAACGGAUAAAAAUAAAUUAUUAUUACACCAA